CCCAUCACACAUUGCGAUGUUAAAAACUAGCAAUGGCAGCCUCCUCGUCAGGACGGUUGGCAGGCAUUUGCAGUCUCAAAGACAAAAUAUCGUUGGGUUACAGUAAUGUAUUCUGUGGGAGCUUCGCGACGUCGGCGUGUCACCAUGCUCAGCCGCAGAUAAAGAGAAAAGCUUCCCCACAGCUGGUAGGGGUGGUCGGUCUGGAGAUCCAUGCUCAGAUCUACGCCAGUACGAAGCUUUUCUCCAGUUCCCAAGUCUGUUUCUCUUCCCCACCCAACUCUUCGGUGUCUUUCUUCGAUGCAGCCCUGCCAGGCACUCUACCAGUGUUGAACAGAAGAUGCGUGGAAGCUGCUGUGAUGACCGGCCUAGCCCUCGGCUGCACCAUCAACAAGCGGUCUUUGUUUGACCGCAAACACUACUUCUACGCAGAUCUGCCUGCAGGCUACCAGAUCACACAGCAAAGGCUGCCCAUUGCCGUGGGCGGGAGGCUGAGCUACAGUCACCUGGUGGGCCGCAAGCGCAACCAGGUGGUGGACAAGAAUGUGCGCAUCAAGCAGAUCCAGCUGGAGCAGGACAGUGGGAAGAGCCUUCAUGACAGCUACCGUAGCCAGACGCUCAUCGACCUCAACAGAGCAGGUGUGGGCCUGAUGGAGCUGGUGUUGGAACCAGACAUGUCCUGUGGGGAGGAGGCAGCAGCAGCAGUGCGUGAGCUGCAGCUCAUCCUGCAGGCGCUGGGUACCUGCCAGGGCAACAUGUCAGAGGGCCAGUUGAGAGUGGACGCCAACGUGUCCGUGCAUCGGCCUGGAGAACCACUAGGGGUGAGGACAGAGGUGAAGAACAUCAACAGCGCUCGCUUUCUGGCCAGGGCAAUAGACUACGAGCUUCAGAGGCAGAUGGCCGUCGUGGAGGGCGGCGGGACUGUGCUGAAUGAGACACGGGCCUUCGAUUUUAAGUCCGGACAGACUGUUCCGAUGAGGGACAAGGAGGGACUGCAGGACUACAGGUUUAUGCCAGAGCCAAACCUACCCCCGCUGAUUCUGUAUGAGCGCGAGACAGUCCCUGCACAUACAGACCCCCGGCAAGUUGUACUCGUUGACCAGUUGCAGGAGCAGCUCCCCGAGUUGCCCAGGGUUACGAGGGACCGCCUGGUGACAACGUACGGCAUUUUACCUGAGCACAGCUUCACACUGGUGAAUGAAGAUGGACUGGUGGACUAUUUUGUGGGUGUAGUUCAGCAGACCAGGGCGGAGCCAAAGAAGGUGAUUGGCUGGGUACUCAAUGACCUGCUGGGCCUCCUGAAGCAGCAGUGUCUCACCGUGAGUCAGAGUCCCGUCUCUCCAAACGCGCUGGCCGAACUGCUGGACCUGCUGGAGGCGGGAAGCAUCUCUUCGCCAGCCGCCAAGCUGGUGUUGCAAGAGCUGUGGAAGGGGUCGGGGAAGAGUGCCAAACACAUCGUGGAGGAACAGGGCCUUGGCCUGAUGAGGGACCGCAGUGAAAUCCAGCAGGUCUGUCGGAGAGUCAUCGACUCGCACCCGGACGAGGUGAGCGCCCUCAGGGCUGGGAACAAGAACGUCCUGAACAAGCUGAUCGGUCAGGUGAGGAAACAGACCAAGGGGCGUGCAGACCCUCAGCUGGUGAGAGCCAUCCUGGAGGAGGAGUUGUCCCGGCCCCCCUUCCACGGAGAGACCACAUGAGGGCGACUUUCUCGAUCCAAGCACCACCCCGUGGGCUGACUGGACACUUGUCCCUUUGCGCCACGUUCUGGAAAGAAACAACCACAGACUGCAGCGAGUGCAACGUCCGCAGCGUCCGCUUUCAGGUCAACGGGUUCUUGUGAAGGAAAGAUUCAUCGCUCUGUUUCUGGAUUAACAAACACUUCUGAUGUUUUCCUGCGUAACUGUCAUUGUCAGUGUGUAUUAAAA